AAUAAAUGAUAGCAAGCGCUCAUCACUUGGCCAUCUCUUAGCAACUCUUUAGACACCUUCCGAGCUUGUAAACAAACACACUCUUUACCUUCCUCAUUUCCUUCUUCGCAGUACAGCUCACUCCGGGAGCUGUUCACCUCGAGGCUUUGCCGUCAUGGACGACGAUGUAAUGAUUCUCAUGAUGACCACCUUAGGUGCCGGCGGACGUAACGAGUACGGCAAAGAAGUCGGCGAGCGAUCCGUCCUUCUUCUCGACAAAACCAUGGCGAGGUCUCGCACUUGUACAAGUCGGCUCCUCCAACUCCCUUCAGAGAUCCUAGCAGACAUCGUCGAGUUGCUGGCCAACGACAAGAGUUCGCUUGCAAAUUUCGCUCAAGUCAAUAUCGAGUGCAGACAACUCGCUCGCACGGCUCAGUUCGCCGAGGUCGCUUUCGACUACAGUGCCCGCGCCCGUAGAUUGGUUGCUCAGCUGAACAAAGAACUUGUCGAUCGAAAGGGUGGAAAUAGUGAAGAGAAGAAGCCGAACAUUGGAGCUUGCAUUCGACGGGUUACAUACGCUUCAUCGAGAUAUGCGGUUGCUAUGCGACACCGCAACCUCUAUAAUGAAGUCUUCGGAAGUGGAUCACAUAAGGCUCGCCAGAAGGAACAUGUUGAUCUCGUCAAGACUUUAAGGGAUCAGGCAAGGCUCCUCUAUGAGGACUAUCGCGAUAACAUCAUGUUGUUGCUACCAACGGCCAUGCCUAAUCUCGACACCAUCAUCUGGAAGGAGCGAUAUUCUAUAGGACAGCACUUCUUCGAUUUUGUCAGAUUGUCACAUGCCAAGCAUCUGAAGUUGUAUCGUGUGCCGCUGCGCUUGCCCAUUACUCUGCAUCUGAAGGAGAAUUGGGCCUGGCCAAAAUGGCCUCUGAAAUCUCUUCAUCUGGAAGUCAGCCCAGCAUGGAAGCCUGACGAUGAAGAUGAUUCUGAUGGUGAAUCACAGACGACACUUUAUAACUCAAAUCGGAACGCGGAGCAGUUCUCGGAGUUCUUGACUGCGCUGCUCAAGCUUUGUUCGUCCUCACUUGAAUCGCUCAAGUUGGACUAUCAAGACUUCAUGGAUCCAGCAGGAAGCACCGUAUCGGGCGCAUGGCCAGAUUUCCCGUGCUUGCGCUCCUUUCAUUGUGGAACCAACCUGGCACCUGAAACGGUCUCUGCGAUCUUGUGUGCUCCUCUUCGCGAGUUGCAGAUUGGAUUUAUUCCGCGGCGCAGUAGCUUCAAUCUGACACCCGAAUGCCGUCCUACACUACAGACGCUGUCUAUUUUCACAAUAUCCGAAGAGGAUGAGGCAAAAUCAGUCGCAAAAUUUCUCAUGAUCAACAAUCACAUCAAGAAACUAAGAAUCGGUCCGACGCCGGAUACUCUGCUAGAUGAUGAGAUUAUUCCAACUCUCGCCACUGGAAACUUUACCAACCUGAAAUCGUUGGCUUUAAACUACGAAGGACCUGGGACGGAUGAUGAGACUAGGCCGCACAAUGGCACAAUUUCUGCACAAAGCCUUGCUGCCAUAGCUACAAUUUCUUCGCUGGAGCAGCUUUGGCUUACAGUAGGCAUCGAAUAUGGCUCUCGUACACAAUGGCUGAUUGACCAC